AGUGGAGAUGCAGGUGGGCUAGUACUCGAGUACCUAUUCUAGCUACGGAAAUGGUUGAUCAGCUCCGAUCCAACCCCUGUAGAAAUUUCCCAUCGUCAUCGACACUCUGCAAAGCUUCAGCAGCGACAAACCCCACAACCACUCAAAAUGGCCUCAAAAUCAUGUAUAUCAUACCUGCGAAUUUUCCAACGCCAAUCGCAAAUUGCGCCAAUUGUCAGACUUUCCAUUUCUUCCAUAACAUCAUACCUAACAAUCUCAUAGGUCAGAAAUACAACUCGGGGCAUCGUAGCUUCGAAAGCUUUCACAACUUUACCUAGACGAUCAGCGAAUACUUCAACACCCAAUCUACCCAAUGCACCCACCAAAGCCACAAAGCCUGGGGUAACGCCCAGGAAAAUCGGCGGGAUAACAGAAACGUAUACUGCGUAUGGAGGGACAGAGGAGAUGUAUAAAGAAUGCGCGCGACACGCCAAUUACACAAUUCCCAAAGCAGCAGAUCCAGAGGUCGAGAUGCCCAAGACAGAAGAUGGGGAAGAUCUCGGGGUGGGUGGAGGAUGGUGGCAUGACGGUACGUCUAGAAUCAAAUUCCUGCCCAAUAAUUUCAUUCUAACGUUUUUGUUGUAGAAGUGGGAUUGAAACCCACGUUCAGCACAUGGUCCCAAGUUACAAUGUUGCAUAUAUACCUCCUCACCGUCCGAUUCCGCUGUUUCCCUCCGGAUGUCUGUAAAACAUGGCAGCAGCAAAUUCUCAACCACUUUUUCUACGAUAUGGAGGAUAAGAUGGCUACGCACCAUGGAAUGACUGCUAAUGGGACGCGACAGAAGUACCUCAAAGAUAUAUUUGUGCAGUGGAGAGGCAUACUUGCAGCGUAUGACGAGGGAUUGGCGAAGAAUGAUGCAGUGUUGGCGUCUGCUCUUUGGAGGAAUAUUUUCAAGGCGGAUGAGAAUGUUGAUUUUGUCAAGCUUGCGCAGAUUGUCAGUUUUAUGAGGAAGUCGUUGGUUAAGUUGCAGUCUAUGGAUGAUUUGGAGGUCAUGCAGCGGGGUAUUCAGUUUGUGGAGCCGGCGGGGGAGAAGAUUCUUCUGGGAAGUUCUGGUAAGGACCCUCUUGCGGUUAAGUAGAUUUUCUGGCCAUGUGUGGAUUCUGCUGUCGGUGUACAGCAUUGUAAGAUCGUGU